AUGGAGCAAAACUACAUGCAACAGGAUAAGGACGCGAAUUGUGAGAAAAGAUUAGGUUGGGUGAUAACAUUGACGAAGAAAAUCAACGGAUCAGGCGAUGAUGCUGAUUCUUCUAUUCCAUCCGACGUUCCUUUGGGCCGGGUACUGGAAUUGAUUAUGAAGAAAAUUGAUGCCCAACAAGCACAGAUUAGCGAGGUGAGAUCCCAAAUGGGGGAAUCAAAUCAGAUUUUGGUUUCUCGGAUACAUGAGAUGAGGUUGGUGACUGGGGAGUUAAACCAAAUGAUGUACGCUCAGUUGGAGAAGAUGAAUCAGAAAUUAGAAACCAGUAUGUUGGCUAAUCAAAGCCGACAUGAUCAAGCUGAAGCAUCUCAUGUCAACGAGUCAAUAUUUCAGCAUAUGAGGGCACCAUUGGUAUAUAUAUCCCAAAGGCCUCGAAUAACGUCAACAAGUGGUGAAGAAAAUUUUUCUACAGUGCAACAUAUUGCGAGGUUCAUAGCACAAUGUGGUGAAGCAAGCCUAAGUCCUUGGUUGAGGAUGAGAUUGUUCUCUAGUUCUCUUACUGGGGCGGCGUUUGAGUGGUACAACAUUGAACAUCGCAAGAGGUUUGAUGGGGUUGAGUUUCAAGAUCUUUUCGAUUUAGCAGACAGGAUUUCUAGGUAUGAGGACAUACUAAAAGAAGAGAAAGAGAGGAAGAAUUCUUUUAAGGGUACUUGGUACAAGGACCCUAAUUAUGAAUUAUUCUCGACAGAAGUUAGAGAUGAAUUAGAAGUUGAUGUUGCAGAGGUCAAUAUCAGGAAGCCAUACAUCUGUGAGGCAUUGGUUAAACCCAAGCCGACCACAGAGAGCAAUGCAACACCAGCGUCAACAUCGGCAGCAAGGAAAAGAGUUGCCGAUACCGGAAAAAAUUAUUCUUUUGAUUUGUCGAAAACAGAUCAAAUCUUUGAUCAUUUGAUGGCCGAUAAAAUGAUAUCUUUGCCUAAAUUGCAUAAGAUUCCAUCAGCGAGUGACUUGAAAGGAAAAGAGUAUUGUAAGUAUCAUAAUUCUUGGAACCAUGCUACUAAUGACUGUACUGUUCUACGAUGUGAAUUUCAAAAAGCUAUUGAUGAGGGCACCUUGAAGUUCCCGGUGAAAACUUCAGAUACAAUGAAGGUGGAUACCAAUCCAUUUCCUACAAUCGCAUCUACUAAUAUGAUAAGCUUAGUCAAGCGAGAAAAUCGGCAGGUAGCUGAGUAG